UGGCAUUGGGGUUCUCUCCAAAGUCCCCUGAAAAAGUUUGCAUAGCCCACUGUAUUAAAGUAAGAUCAUAUAAAGACGAUAUUAGUGUCAGACCCAUAGAAAAGUCUAUAUUUAGUUGUUGCCAUGUGUCUCAUGGGCAUUUUGACCUAAUGGUCAGACGAUCCGACAAAUGUCGUUCUGCCUGUAAUUUAAGGACACGCCUCUUCUCCGAAUGGAAUGGACCGCGCCAUAACGUAAAGUCCUAUCUACGUAGGAUGAACAUUUACAUUUUUUAUUAUAUAGCAUUUUACAUAACAUAUUAUUGUACGUUUAAUCCAUGCCAGAAACUAUGACGCGAGAAGAGGAGUUAAUUCGGAUUGCAAAAAAACUGGACAAGAUGGUGUCUAGAAAUAACACGGAGGGUGCCCUGGACCUGCUGAAUGAACUGAAGAGCUUCAACAUGACGCUGAAACUUCUGCAGGAAACGAGGAUCGGCAUGUCUGUGAAUGGAAUCAGGAAGCACUGCACAGACGACGUGGUCGUUUCCCUGGCCAAGAUCCUCAUCAAGGACUGGAAGAGACUGCUGGAUGCUGCACGUACUCAGAGUACUGAGAGGCCCAAUGACAUGAAGAAUGGGGUUGACUCCAGCAAAGCCACAGGGUCCUCAGUCAGGUCCCCUUUAGAGAAAGACACCAGGAGAGAUUCUUCAGACACUCUGUCUCCUUCUCAUCCUCGUCCCACCCCUCCGUCCAGAUAUCACUCAGUGAAGGUGAAGAAAGAGAGGAAAAAAGCUCCUCCUGACCCUAAUGCCCCACUUCCUCCUCAUCCUUAUCCUUCUAUGCCCACUGCAGCAGAGGUCAAGGAGAGAAAAUACUCCGAUAGCAUAGUGCCCAAAAGACCAUCUGUUGAUGCCAAGGAAGAAAGAAAGGAUUUGUCAGAUUCCAAACCAAAACCUGCUAAAUGGCCAAGUCUGGAUGGCAAGAAAGACAGGAAGGACUCCACUGACUCCAAGCACAGUCUUUCUGUGAAACGUCAUUCGACUGACUCUAAAUCAGACAGGAGGGACUCUAUGGGUUCCAAGACUAGCAGCUCACCCUCAGCUAAGAAGCUCCCUAGUGAGACGAAAGAAUCUCAUGGCUCCAAGUCCUCUCACCCUGGCCCUCUGCAGAGAAAGUCCUCAACGGACAGUAUUGAACGGAGAAAGAAAGAGAUGCCAAAGAUCCCCACCACCCCCACCAGUCCCAUGUCCCCCUCCUUCAGCUCAGCAGGGGUUCCCCUGUCCCCUUGCCUGGCCACUGGAGAAACCAUCAGGGACAAAUGCAUCGAGAUGCUGGCUGCAGCUCUACGCACAGAUGAUAACUUCAAAGAAUUUGGGACAAACUGUGACUCAAUGGCAGCAGAAAUUGAAGAUCAUAUUUACAAGGAGACGGGAGCCACAGAUAUGAAGUAUAAAAACAGGGUGCGGAGCCGCAUCAGCAACCUGAAGGACUCCAAAAACCCUGGGCUGCGGAGGAACGUCCUGGCUGGAGGCAUAGAGCUGAGACGCUUCGCCAUCAUGUCUGCUGAGGAGAUGGCUAGUGAUGAGCUGAAGCAGCUGAGGAACAAUCUGACUAAGGAGGCCAUUAGGGAACACCAGCUGUCCAAAACCGGCGGUACCAUUUCUGACCUGUUUCAGUGCAGCAAGUGCAAAAAAAAGAACUGCACCUACAACCAGAUGCAGACCCGCAGCGCUGACGAGCCUAUGACCACUUUUGUCCUCUGUAACGAGUGCGGGAACCGCUGGAAGUUCUGCUGAUGUGGCCCAGCUCCAAUGACGAUGUUGCAGACCACAUUUUUUCUAUGAGGGGUUAUAAUGUUUAGCAAUGAGUAAUUUUACAAAAACAAAAAUGAAUACUUACAAUUUACUUUUUAAGAUGGGCUCCCGAGUGGAACAGCGGUCUAAGGCACUGCAAGAGGCGUCACUACAGUCUCUGGUUCAAUUCCAGGCUGUAUCACAUCUGGCCGUGAUUGGGAGUCCCAUAGGGCGGGGCACAAUUGGCUCAGCGUCGUCCGGGUUUGGCCUGGGUAGACUGUCAUUGUAAAUAAGAAUUUGUUCUUAACUGACUUGCCUAGUUAAACAAAGGUUACAUUUCAAAUAUGGUGCUUUUAAUGGGGGUUGCAUUUUUUUUGUAAGAGGCAGGGGUUGAGACAGUCUCCAGAUUGAUGGCAGUGUCAUUUAAUCUGUCCUGGUUGGACACAUGGUGUUGAGGAGAUUGAAUGAGUAAACAGUAUUGAAAUUAUGCUAAUUAAUACAAAAUAAUGUCAUUGUCAAAUUGUGUUUGAACUACCGGUGAAAUGGAAAGUCAAUAUACUGUACCACUAAGAGCAGCCACAAGAUGGCGAGGAAGAGUAAGUUAUACUGUAAGAGCUCCCACUUGCAAAUGACAUAUCAUUUAGGGAGUGAAUGUUAUUUACAGUACCAGUCAAAAGUUUGUACACACCUACUCAUUCAAGGGUUUUUCUUUAUUUGAACUGUUUUCUACAUUGUAUAAUAAUAGUGAAGACAUCAAAACUAUGAAAUAACAUAUAUGGUAUCAUGCAGUAACCAGCAUUUUUUUACAUUUACAUUUACAUUUAAGUCAUUUAGCAGACGCUCUUAUCCAGAGCGACUUACAAAUUGGUGCAUUCACCUUAUGACAUCCAUUUUAAAACAAAUCAAAAUAUAUUUGAGGUUCUUCAGAGUAGCCACCCUUUGCCUUGAUGACAGCUUUGCACACUCUUGGCAUUCUCUCAACCAGCUUCAUGAGGUAGUCACCUGGAAUGCAUUUCAAUUAACAGGUGUGCCUUGUGCGUUUGAGUCAAUCAGUUGUGUUGUGACAAGAUAGGUCUAUCUUCUGUAUACCACCCCUAUUUGGUAAAAGACCAAGUCCAUAUUAUGGCAAGAGAAGCUCAAAUAAGUUCAUUAGAGUUAACUGCACCUCAGAUUGCAGCCCAAAUAAAUGCUUCACAGAGUUUAUGUAACACAUCUCAACAUCAACUGUUCAGAGGAGACUGACUGCAUUAAUCAGGCCUUCAUGGUCGAUUUGCUGCAAAGAAACCACUACUAAAGUACACCAAUAAGAAGAAGAGACUUGCUUGGGCCAAGAAACAUGAGCAAUGGACAUUAGACUGGUGGAAAUCUGUCCUUUGGUCUGAUUAGUCAAUUUUUUGAAUUUUGGUUUCAAACGCAGAGUUGGUGAACUGAUGAUCUCUGCAUGUGUGGUUCCCACCGUGAAGCAUGGAGGAGGAGAUGUGGGGGUACUUUGCUGGUGACACUGUGAUUUAUUUAGAAUUCCAGGCACACUUAACCAGCAUGGCUACCACAGCAUUCUGCAGCGAUGCGCCAUCCCACCUGGUUUUCCCUUAGUGGGACUAUCAUUUGUUUUUCAACAGAACAAUGACCCAACACACCUUCAGGCUGUGUAAGGGCUAUUUGACAAAGAAGGAGAGCGAUGACCUGCUGCAUCAGAUGAUGACCUGGCAAUCACCUGACCUCAACCCAAUUUAGAUGGUUUGGGAUUAAUUGGACCGCAGAGUGAAGGAAAAGCAUCCAAUAAGUGCUCAGCAUACGUGGGAACUCCUUCAAGACUGUUGGAAAAGCAUUCUAGGUGAAGCUGGUUGAUAGAAUGUCUAGAGUGAGCAAAGCUGUCCUCAAGGCAAAGGGUUGCUAUUGUAAUGAUUCUUGUCUACAUUGUAGACAAUUGUAAAAAAAAACAUUCAAUGAGUAGGUGUGUCAAAACUAUUGACUGGUACUGUACAAUGAGGGUUACAUGGAGAAAAAUGGACCUCUGAAAUGAAAAUAGACAGCCCUUCAGCAAAAUAUAUUUUACCUAACGCAUUUUACCUAAUGCCGAAAAAAACAAGUGACCCUUCAUAGCCUGGUUCCUCUCUAGGUUUCUUCCUAGGUUUUGGCCUUUCUAGGGAGUUUUUCCUAGCCACCGUGCUUCUACACCUGCAUUACUAGCUGUUUGGGGUUUUAGGCUGGGUUUCUGUACAGCACUUCAAGAUAUUAGCUGAUGUACGAAGGGCUAUAUAAAAUAAAAUUGAUUGAUUGAUUGA